AUGGCUAAUGACGAGUACGACUUCCUGUUCAAGGUGGUCCUGAUCGGAGACUCGGGUGUUGGUAAAUCCAACCUGCUGAGUCGAUUCACGCGCAAUGAAUUCAACCUCGACUCCAAGUCCACGAUCGGUGUAGAGUUCGCAACCCGGUCCAUCCAGGUAGACGCAAAGACGAUCAAGGCGCAGAUCUGGGAUACCGCUGGUCAAGAGAGAUACAGAGCUAUCACAUCUGCCUACUACCGGGGAGCCGUCGGGGCGCUGCUCGUUUACGAUAUCAGCAAGCACCAGACAUACGAGAACGUCACGAGAUGGCUGAAGGAAUUGAGGGAUCACGCCGACUCGAACAUUGUCAUCAUGUUGGUGGGAAAUAAGAGCGAUUUGAGACAUCUACGGGCUGUGCCAACAGAGGAGGCAAAGCAGUUUGCGAGCGAGAACAACCUUUCCUUUAUUGAAACUUCCGCACUCGAUGCGAGCAACGUUGAGCUGGCCUUCCAAAACAUUCUUACUGAAAUUUACCGAAUCGUCUCCCAAAAGGCCCUCGAUAACGGCGAGUCAGCACAAGCCAACAUCGGCGCAGGUACAAACAUCUCACUAAGCAAGCCCGCAGACGACGGCGCAGCGAAGGGUGGAAAAUGUUGCUAG